UACUUGGUUUAACACGUGACUUCGAAGAAAGUAUGAUAUAUCAAUUGAAUAUUCAUCAUUUUACUUUCAAAACUUACUUACAUACCUUAAAUUCUUUAAUAUAAAGAAUAUAAAUAUUACAUUUUUGGCUUUACAAUGUAUUUUUAGAAUAACAACUUUAUAAAAAACAUAUAUUCUGAUAUAUGAUAUGAGUGUUUUGAAGCAAGCAUCGCUUGGCAACAGUGGUGGCAUUUAAAUUCCAUAAUAGUUCUGUAAUAUUUUCGCUAUUUUUUAUUUAUAAUUUUAAAUUGGAAUUUAAUUUCAAUUCCAAUCGUUACUAAUUAUGAUUUAAAAAUUAUGAAUCAUAAUUUUAAAAAUGAUAAAAUAUCUUGAUGCAUGAUAUAAAAUGUUUUGAAUGAUAGAUAUACUUUCCUAUACUUCAUCUGUGCUAAUUGUUUUCAUAUAUUUUAAAUUUAACAAUGGAUACUCCAGGAUCUCAAGCUUUGGAAGUAGCUAAAAAUAUGAAAGACUUAGCUGUAUUUAAAAAACCAUUAGGGGUUGCAAAAAAACAUAAAAAAGUACAACCAAAAAUCCUAGAUGAAGAUACAUAUAUAAAAAGGAUGGGAGAAAUUAUUCAAAGAGAUUUUUUUCCACAUUUAGAUAAACUUCAAGCACAAAAUCAAUAUUUAGAUGCAUUAGAACAAAAUGAUGUGAAAAGAAUGAGAGAACUUUAUGAAAAAUAUAGUUCAGGACGUCCAACAACUGAAAGACCUGCUAGUCCAGCUACAUUUGAAACGCCUAUGAAUAAAAUUGAAUCAGAAGAUGAACAAUUUAAAUCUUCAAAAGAAUCAAAAGAUACACCUGUUGAUAAAAUUAUAAAAGAUAAAGACAAAACAGAGCUUAUACCUGGAUUAGAUGCAUAUUUGAGUACUCAUACAAGUGAAGAUAAUGCAAGUUUCGAAGAGAUGAUGAUUGAAGCAGAAAAAAGACUAAAGCUUAAAUUUGCUUGGCUUUAUAAAGCUGAAGAGAAUUCUAAAGUAUCGAAAAAUGAUAAAAAUUCAGAUACAUUGGCUCUUGAAAAUGAUAACAAGAAUCAAUUAGACAGUUGGAAUUAUAAAAAUAAAAAUUAUAUUAUGUAUGUUCCUGAUGGAGUAGAAUUAACUCCUGAUGAGAGAAUAGAUUUAGCUAAGAAAAAACAAAUAGUAGUACAUGAAAAUACAAGACUUCGAAUUAAUCCUUUUAAUGAACAACAAAAUAAAGAAACUAUUAAUGAAUUAGCAAAAAAUCAAUCAAAAGCUAAUGAUGGGAAGAUAGGAGUUGAUGGCAAAGAAAUUGUAAGAAAUCCAACACCUAGAGUAAAUGGAUUUAGCUUUGUAGCAACUCCAAGUCCAAGACCUGGAGAAUGUGAGAGUCCUUUAAUGACAUGGGGUCAAAUAGAAGGUACACCAUUUAGAUUAGAUGGAGGGGAUACACCAUUAUUGAGAACAAGUCAAGGACCAUCGUUUAGAAUGGCAGAACCUCCAAAAAGAGAGCAACUUGCAUUACAACUAGCAGAAAAAGCUGGUGAAAGACAUAGAGAUAGAAAAAAUAAAGCUUUAGAAGCAGCAAGAAAAUCAUUAGCAACCCCAUCACCUAGAUCAACCAUGGAUCGUUUGAGUACUAUGUCUCCAGCUGCUAGAAGAUUAGCUACUCAAAAACUUCGUAUAGCAAGUACACCAACUCCACGAAGAAUAUCAUCUUUAAAAACACCAUCAAUAGGUAUCAGAACACCUAGCACUCCACGAAUAAAUACAGUUUUAAAAUCUGAAAAUCAUCUUGAAAACAGCAAUACACGGUGUCAAGAUUCUGUUCUUACUGAUAAUUUGCUUAAUUUGCCUCUUCAAAGGCAAAGAGCAGCAGAUUUUUUUAAUAAAAGCGUUUACAAAAAAAGAAUGAAUCAGAAUGUUCAGAAGAUAAUCAUCAGUAUGAAGUCUUCAAUAUUGAAUACACUUUUUAUCUUAACAAUAGCAUAUCUAAUAGUUCAAGUACAAAAUAAGGAAUGUACAUGCGGUAGUUUGGGACAAGGUUCAAAUCCUUGCACUUCUAGUGAGGUUGUUGUAAAAGCUACAAAAUUACCAAAGCCUACACAUUAUGUAUCACCACAAGAAAUCAAGAAUGCUGCAAAUCCAAAAAGUAGUCAAAUUGAUUGUUCUAAUUCACAAAGUAAUAGCAAUUCUAUUCCUCAAAGUAACAGUGAUUCAAAGAGCAGUACUUGUGGAUGUACUGAAAAUACAUACAAUAACAAUAAUUUAAAAACUCAAAGUGAAAGUUCAACCAAUUCUAAUGAAUCUAAACAAAAUUUAGAAACUUUGGAAAAUUCUAAUAAUUUCAAUGGCAAUGUUGCACCUAGAUUUUCACCAAUUGGAGAUUUAUGUUAUCCUCUUCCUAAUAUAGAACCUUAUAGUGGAAAAUUAAUAGAAAAAACUAAAGUUACACCAGCUUAUCCUGGUAAACUUGUAUGUUGUCCUCCUUCAAUUCCUUAUGAAACAUGUAUAAACACAGCUAUUGGAAAAACUGAAAUUACAUCUACUUCUGAUCCCAAAUCAUUUAGCACAUCUAAUUUAUAUGGAAAUAUGAAUUUUGAAACAAAUUCUGCAAUGUAUAAUAAUUUACCUAUUUUUAAUUUAAAUAAUGGAAAUGGGCAAAAACAAUAUUCAAAAAUGAGCAGCACUUCUUCGGAUUGUUUUGAUUAUAUUACAGAUGAAAUUCAAGAUCAUAAUUCAUAUCCAGCAGCAAUGCCAGCAGAUGCAGUUUCUCUUACUCUUGCAUACAAAAAUCUUCGUGCACCAAAUGUAAUUUAUAGACAAGGAAAACAAUUUGUUCCAGAAGAUAAAUUAUCUUUUGGUCAUAGAACAUUACCAACUGAUGUAAAAAAUGAAAAUCAAAUUCUUGAUAUUGCAGAAGAAAAAUUAAUAACAGUUAACAAACCUGUUGUAGAAUUAAAAUUAGCACCUCCAAAAACUGUUGUUAUUGGUUCCUAUGAUGAACAAGAAGAAGCUAAAUUAGCAGAACUUGAAGCAAUUGAACGUGAAAGUAUAACACAAGAAGAAACUUCUAAUCAAAUGUCAGAAAGUCUUAUUACUUACAAAGAUUUAGGCUAUGCACCAGUAAAUGCAAAUUAUCCAAAAUCUACAAAUUAUAAUCAAGAAAUAAGCAAUAUGAAAAUUGAUGAUAAUGAAGAAGAACCAUGUGGAUCUUUGGGACCAUCCAGACCAGAUUAUAUUCCAGGCAGAAUAAUAGUGCAAGAAAAACUUUUUAAUGAAAAUAUGGAAUUCCAGACUUCUUCAGGAUCUAAAUCAUGUCCAACAUAAUAUAUCAAAUAAUGCAAGAUUUGAUUUUUUAAUUUCAAAUUACAUUAAAAUUGUACAUUUUUUGUUAAUAAAUGGAAACAAUAUUUGUA